AUGACGUCUAUGAUCACAGCAACGGCAUGGGUGCCGCGCGGGCACGCCGCCGCCUUCCCGACCGAAUACAAUAUGGACGAUGAGGAAUACUCGAGGAUCGCGAAGCUGGCGAAACUGGAACUCGACGAUGCGAAGGAAGAUUUGGAGAAGGCGAGAGAUGCGUUGAAUAAAGUCAGCGUGGGGGAUGUUGAAGGCGCAGAGGCUGGUGCGAAAGAAGACGAGGACGACAGUGAGGACGAGGACGACAGUGAGGACGAGGACGAGAUUGCCAACGAUGACGAUUUGAAAGAGUACGACAUGGAACACUACGACGAUGAGCCUGACGGGCAGGACGACGAGGAUGAUGAAGAAGCAGGAGGGAUUUUCAGCAACAUCAAGUCGUUGGCGUAUCACACAGAUAACAAGGAGGAUCCGUACUUAACACUACCGGAGAAUGGCGAGGCAUCAGACGAUGAAGAAAGAGAAGAGCUCCAGAUCCUACCCACAGACAACAUGGUUCUGGCAGCGCGGAUAGAGGACGAGGUGGCACAUCUGGAGGUCUAUGUAUACGAAGAUGACGCGGACAAUCUCUAUGUCCACCACGACGUGAUGCUUCCAGCCAUUCCUCUCUGCGUUGAGUGGGUAGGGACAAAACCUGGGAAAGAAUCCAGCGAUGGAGGCAACUUCGCCGCCGUAGGCACAAUGGACCCGGACAUCGAACUAUGGGACCUAGACCUCGUCGACUGCAUGUACCCCAACGCCGUCCUCGGCCAAAGCUCGCAAAGCCUCCCAGAUAUCUCAGAAGCGACAACCAAAAAGAAGAAAAAGAAGAGCAAGAAAGCCAACGACGCCUACCACGUCGACGCCGUCCUCUCCCUCGCCGCGAACCGCCAACACCGGAACCUCCUCGCCAGCGCCUCCGCAGACACAACCAUCAAACUCUGGGACCUCAACACCUGCACCGCAGCACACUCCUACGCGCACCACACCGACAAAGUCUGCGCGCUGGCAUGGCACCCAACACAAUCCUCCGUCCUCCUCUCCGGGAGCUACGACCGCACAAUCGUCGCCGCAGACAUGCGCGCCCCCGGCGCCAAAGUCCCCCGCUGGGGCGUCGAGAGCGACGUGGACCAAGUAAAAUGCGACCCGCACGACGAGAACAAAUUCUACGUCAGCACGGAGAACGGCCUCCUGCACUGUUUCGACGCUCGAACCCUCCCCUCGUCGCCGGAGCAGAGCAAAGCCGUCUGGCAACUCCAAGCGCACGAGAAGAGCCUGUCGUCCUUCUCCAUCAACCCCGCGGUGCCGGGCUUCAUUGCAACAGGCUCGACGGACAGGACGGUCAAGUUGUGGAAUAUCACCGAAAAAGGCCCGAGUAUGGUCGUCUCGCGAGACCUCGACGUCGGCAAAGUCUUCGCGGCGAAUUUCGCGCCCGACGACGAGGUGGCGUUCCGACUCGCCGUGGCGGGGAGUAAAGGCGCCGUGCAGGUCUGGGAUACGAGCACGAACAAAGCGGUGCGGGAGGCGUUCGCGGAGCGUGUCAAGUUGCCUGGGCCGGCGGAUGGGGAGGUCAAGGAGCGGCUGGUGGGGAUCGAGCAGGAUGAUGAGGUGGAAGAGGAAGAGGCUGAGGCCGAGGAGAAUGGUGGCGAAGGUGGGUGGGAGAGUAUGGAUGAGGAAUAG